ACCGUCAGAUUCAGCAAUCCAGGAACGAGCCAAGAUGGAGUGGUCACUGGACAAUGUGAGGGAGAUGGUGGCUGGAGGGAUGCAGUCUAUAAGGGAGUGUGAGAUCUGUGCUUUCGCCAUAGCCAUGUGUGUGCUGCUGCUGUUUAUGUGGUAUUGUUACAGGGUGGGCCGGGAGCAUGGCUCCAGCCCUCUGCGUGGGAGGUAUCUGGCUGGGCCCAGCCGAAUUGGAGGGGUGGUGGGGGGCUUCAUGAGCUCAGACUGCCGCGGCCGGGGGAAAGGAAAGCCUGGAUCAAUGCUCGAAGAGCAGAACGGCUUCGCUUUCUGCCAGUCGUCGGAGUGCUUCCGAUGUACCAGUGCCGGAGAGAGUCUGAACCAGAGGCUCUACCACAGCCUGCAGGAUUACGCCAAGCGCUACACCUGGUCAGGUAUGGGCAGGGUGCAUAAAGGAGUCCGUGAUCAAGGCCGAUACCUUAACAGCAGACCAACCAUCCAGCGGCCAGAGGUCUUCUUCCUCCCAGACCUACCGUCAGCCCCUUUCUUCUCCAGAGAAGUACAGAGACACGACGUGGAGCUACUGGAGCAGAGCUUCCCCGCCCUUCUGGCCGAGUUCGAGAGCAUCUACCACCAACCUCCAGCACGCAGCGGCUCCUCCCUGCCGCCGGGGUGGAAAGCCAACAACACUCCUCGCGGGCAGUGGUGGACCUACUACCUGGUAAACCAAGGCACCCCUCUGGUUCUCAAUGUCAGGAGGUGUCCACGGGCCUGGAGGGUGCUGGGCCAGCUGCGCACCUUCAUCGCCAACAACGUGUUCGGAAACGCCUGCUUCUCUGUGCUGUCGCCUGGAGCUCUGAUCACUGAGCAUUACGGUCCGACAAAUGUCAGACUGCGCUGCCACCUGGGUCUCAGAGUGCCCCCUUCCUGUGAGCUUGUAGUUGGUGGAGAGCCACAGUGCUGGUCUGAGGGCAGCUGUCUGCUUUUUGAUGACUCCUUCCUCCACCGGGCUUUCCACGAGGGCGGCGCAGAGGACGGCCCCAGGGUGGUCUUCAUGGUGGACCUCUGGCACCCCAACGUGGCCGCUGCUGAGAGACAAGCCUUGGACUACAUUUUUACUCCAGGCCGCUUAGAGGACAAGGAAGGGAAAUAGGUGUGAGUGAGAAACCAUGUCUGACAGAGAGACAGAUGGCGUUUAGGGAAGUGUCUGUAGGAUUGGGGAGCAACUCUUUUUCUGCUUUCAGACCAGCUCACACAUUCACUGUGUACAUAUUCUCCGGCUUAUACAGUAUCUCUCAUAACUCUUCUUAGCAGAUGACCAAACAUUGGGCCUCUUUUAUCAAUCAUGUUCGUGUUUCAGCCUGUAUAGUUGUGUAAAGGACAGCCACGCUUCAAAGUACCACCUUAAAUUCUCCAAAACUUAGUCGGGGCACGAUUGUUCAUGCAGCCAUUUCAUUUUUAUUAAUGCGUAUUAACACCAUGGCAGGGACAUUUCAGCUUAUUUGUUGUUUUAUUUUGAAUCUUUGAAUGUUCUUUGCAUUAAAGAUGAACAAAUGAGUGACUAAACUGUCAAGCAGUUCCCAUCAAAUAUGUUUUUUUCACAUUUUCCUCUAACUUUGGGCCAAUUCUGAUCUAUCUAUCUAUCUAUCUAUCUAUCUAAGAUUCUAUCUACAGUUUAUAUACAUUUUUUUUUUGGUUGCUGCUUGAAACAAUUGAGCAGAUAUGAUUAAUGUUUUUUGGCGAGCCAAACAAUAACGUGUCACCCUCUUGCUGUUAUGCUUCACAGCAUGUAUGUGUCCAUAGGCUAACCUAUUCUAUUAGCGGUACAUGAACUGGAGUCAAUGAGCAUUUAUGGGCCCCAUAAGCUUCCUAACAGUUCCAAAAGAUUUUGUGUCAAGUAUCGGUGGUAUUACUGUACACUAACUCAACUUAAUCAUUUUAAACUUACCUUAACACCUACAUACAUUUUUGCAAGGGCUAAACAAUUUAAUCAUUCAACUUCUUUUUUUAAUAUUACUCAACAUAUAUACGGUCACACUUGAAUUGUUGAUUCAAACCGAAACACGAUUUUAAGUGGGUUUGCACAUUUUUCAUUUCUGAAACACCCACUUACAAAUGUGGCACCCACUUUGGACAGUUUGAAUUGUCAUUGAUGAGUGGUAAAUCUCAUGCUUGCAGAAUUGUGACAUAUGUUCAGUGAUUGUAGUGCUUAUUUGCAUCAAAUCAUAGCUAAAGUCAAGCUAAAGCUAAGGGAUAGUUGCUACAAUGCAUUAGGCCUAUACUGUUCAAAAGGUUGUCAUAAACAUAUUAGACCAGAUAAGUGUAGCUGCAUAUAUUGGCUUUACUAAUACUGAUUAUAGUAUUACUAUAGUGCGCCAUGAGGAAUUCUAAGUAAUGACAACAAAACUGUCGGUGCGUCCACACGAUACAAGCCUUCCGUGAUC